AUGUUAGAUAAAAAAUCACAUGGAAAAUCUGAAAAAUAUACACAUAAUAAAGUACGCUCAAAAUCUAUUUCAUUUUUCUUAUUUUUAAAAAAAAACAACAAAAAAAAAGAUUCAUCUAAUUAUGUAAGUGCUAGUAAUAAAGAAUCUUAUUUUCAAAGGACUGAAAAAGAUGAAAAAAACGAAAUUAAUGAAAAAAAUGAAAUUAAUGAAAAAAACGAAAUUAAUGAAAAAACAGAUAUAAAAGUUGCCAAAAGCAAAAACAAUGGAAAAUCAAUACAAGCAGUUAACAAAUGUGAAAACAUAAUGAAAAAUGAAUAUAAGGAAUGUAUAAAUGAUUAUAGUGAACUUCAAAUUAAAAAUAUGAAUUUAAAAAAGAAAAGAGAAAGUUUUUUUAAAAAAAUUAAUAUAAUACAAAAAUUUAAAAACUACAAAAUGAAAAAAACUGCUAGCACAUUUCAUACAUUUAAUGAUAAAAGUACUUAUUUUUUUAAUAAAAAUGAAAAAGAAAAUAAUUUAGAAGACAAAGAGGAAAAUAAUAAUUCAACUCCAUAUAAUUCUAAUAAUUUAAAUAAGAACAAGAGUUAUAGUAUAAAAAAUGAAUUUAAUAAUAUAAAAUCAAAAGCACAAAAGUUAAAAAAAAAAAUAUAUUUCAAAAAAAAAUCAAAAAACAAAUUAAUGUAUAACAAGGAUUAUACUAGUGAAAUUAUUAACAAUGAAGAAAAAGAAAUAAUGUCAAAUGGAGCUUACUCAUUGAAAGAUAAUUUUAAAAAGGAAGAUUCACUGGAAUACGAAAAAAAAACAAAUAAGUUAAAAGAAAAUAUCAUUUUUGAUAAAAAUAACAUUAGCAAUAAAGAAACAAAUAAUAAAAAUUUACGUGAUAAAAAUGAGAACAUUGAAAUAUGUAAUGAUCUUUUAUAUAGAAAAAUAACAGAAAAUAAUAAUAAUGAGGAAUGUAUUACAAAUUCUAACAAUAAUUCAAUAAAUUUUAACCAAUAUUGCAAAAAUUUAAAAAGAGAAGAUGAUUUUAUAAUAAUGCCUUAUGAAAAUGAAAGUUCUGUAAAUUCAAUUGAUAAAACAAAAGUCAAUUUAAAUUAUAAAUUGCAUUUUAUGAAUGAUAAAAAUAGUGAAAUAUGUAAAAUUAAAGAGGAACACUUGACAAGUAAUAAAGAUAAAAUGAUAAGAAAUAUAAAAUGUAAUAUUAAUAGUAACCUAAAUAAUAUUAAUAAUUAUUUAGUGCAUAAAAAUAAUGAAAAUAUACAAUUAAACCUAAAUGAAAAAAUAAAUAAAGAAGAAAUUGAGAAAAAUGAAGAAUUUAAUCAUGAAAAAGAGAUAAAUGCAAUUGACUUUAUUAAUAAAAAAAAAGAUAUUCACGAAUACAAUAAUGUUGAAAAGACACAUAAUGAUUUGACUUAUAAUUUAAGUGAAAGAUAUGAUCUUGAUGAAAAAACUCUAUUUAGGUGUAAUAAAAAUGAUGAAAAACGAACUAAUGAAAAAGAAAUUAUAUUAAAAUUGAUGUAUAAUAAUAAUGGAAUAUAUUUUAAUAAGGAUAAUUAUAUGAAUGAUUUAUUUGAUUCUAAUGAUAAAACAUAUUCUGAAUGUAACUUAAAAAAUAAAAAUAUAUUUUUAAAUAAAAAUUUUAAUCAAAAUAAAGAUAUUUAUAAAAAUAUAAACCAUACAUUCAGUAAAAAUUUACAUAAAAACAUAAAUAACAAUAUUAACAAAAAUAUGCAUAACAUUAAUAACAUUCGUAGUGAUAAAAUUCAAGGAAUAAAUACAAUUAUAAGUAGAAAUAGGUUGAAUCAAAAUAUGAAUUUAAAUUUGAACACACUUAAUAAAUAUUAUAAUAAAAAUGUGAAUGAUCAUUUCAUUCAAAGCAUUAAUCAAAAUAAUUGUUCAAAUGAAGAUAAAAAGAAUAAAAAUAAUGAUUUUUUAAACUUAAAAUACAUAAAUAAUGGUAGUAGUAAGGUAAUAAAAAAUAAUGAAAAUGACAUAAGUAAGAACAAAAAUUUAAAUGAAGAAAAAAGCAGUAUAAUUAAUAAGUAUUUAAUUAAUCCAUUAUAUAAUUUAUUUAUACAAACAAAAGAAGAAGUAGUAAAUAAUUCAAACAUAGAGGAUGUUAAAAAAAUUGAUCCUUUCAAAAUAAAAAAAAAUUACACCAAUGAAUUACAAAAAACAUAUAAAACUAUGUAUGAUAUAUAUGAUAUACCAAAUAUAAAUAACACAAGUAUUAAAAGCAAUAAUAAAAAACUAAAUGAAUUACAUUUUAUAAAUUCAUGUAAUCACAAUAAUCUAAAUCCUUAUAUAACAAAUGAUAAUUUAAAGGAAAAAAAUAAUAUUUCUAUAAAUAAUAAUAGAAAAGGUGCGGAUGAUAAAAGUAUAAAUUAUUUUAGUGAAGUUAAUAAAAAUAUAGUUGAAAAGAAAAACAUACAGAAUGAGCAUAUUAGGAAUAUUCCUAUAGGUAAUAUAAAUUAUUUAAGCAAUAAUACUAACAGUGUUUAUUUUCCUAAUGCAUAUUAUAAUAAUAAGAAUUUUAAUUCAGAAAUUCUAAAUGUAGAACAAAUGGAAUAUACUGAAAGUAAAAAUUACAAUUUUAUUAAUAUGGAAAAUAUGAACUAUUAUAAAACACCAAUAAAAAACAAUUCGACAAUAAUAUAUAAUGAUAUAUUCUUAAAUAAUACUAAUAAAAAUUGUUAUAUUAAAAAUAAUUAUAUCAAUAAAAAUAAUAUAAAUAAUAUUGAAUUUAAAAAUAAGAAUAAUUCAACAAAUACUAAGGUAAUCAAUAAUUAUGAAUGUAAUGAAUUAAAAAAAGCUUGCAUAUUUGAUGAACAUUAUAGUAAUCUAAAAGAAAAUUCUAAUAAAUCUCAAAAUUCAUAUAUAUACAAUAAGAAAAAUUACAGUAAUAAUAAUAUGUUAGUAGAUCACAUAGAUAAUUUUAAUUUUGAUAACCAGAAAAAUAUGAAUGCCAAUGAUUUUUAUUUUCAUAAAUCUUUUAAUAAUUUAAGAAAAGAAAACCAAAUGAAAGAAAACAUUAAUCAUAAUAAUAAUAAUACAUUUAAGUAUAAUGGUAACGCAAAUGAUAAAAUAUUAGAAAAUAAUGAAUACUUAAAAAAUUGUACAUAUUUACAAAAUAAUACCAAAUUAUUAAAUAAAAAUGUAGCAAAUUAUAAUUAUAUUAAGUAUUUAGAUCUAGUAUUAAAUCAAAAACAUGAUAAUGAUUUAAAUGAGAAAUAUAAAAAUGAAUAUGUUAAAAAUAGUUUUAUUUCUAAUUUACAUAACUUAAAAAAUGAAAAAAAUUUAAGAAGAUGUGAUAGUUUUUCAGUGAAUUAUGGAAAUAGAAUUUGUCUUACAAAAAAUAAAAUAAAAGAGGAUACACAGAAUGUAUUUGAAAAUAAUAAUGAACAAAAUAUUAAAAGUGCAAAGAGUUUAAGUCAAAUAAGAAUGCCUAAUUUGAACUAUGAAUAUUUGGAUACUUAUAAUGAAUCAUAUAUAAAAAGUGAGAAUAUAAAUAACAACAUUAAUUAUAAUUACAAUUGUUUUAAUGAAAGUAAUCAUUAUAUAAAUCAUGAAAAUGUCAUGAGAAGAGGUGAGGAUAUUUUUAUAAAUAGUAGUAAUAAUGAAUUAAAAAAUCUUUCAAAGAAACAUUUUAGAUUUUAUUCGAGAGAUAAAAUGAUCGAUGAAAUUCUUAAAUAUAAAAAUAAAUUACAACAAAAUAAAAACUGUAAUCUUUUAAUUAAUAACACAAAUGCUGAAAUAAAUAGUAAUAACAUUAAAAGUAUCAACAAUCAAAAUAAUAAUAUUAUUAUAAAAAAUGAUAACAUAUCUCAUGAAUCUUACGAACAGGAAGAAGCUUUAUGGAUGAUUAAUUAUACUCAUGUAGAAGAGGAUCUAUGUGAUUAUAAAAAUAACAUGAAUAUGAAUGAUGUUACUACAGAAAAAUGCAAUUACUUUAAUUCAUUAAAUAUAGAAGAAAAUAUAGAUUUUAUAAAUGAGAAAUUGUCAUUAGAGAAAAAUAAAGAAAAUGAAUAUGAUAAUAUCGAAAGUAGUUUACAUAAUAGUUUUAAAAAUAGAGAGGAGAAAAAAGAUACCUAUAUAUUAUACCAAGAUGUCAUAUCUGAGAGUAGCGAAAAAAAACUAAGUGAAAAAGACAAUCUUAAAAAUAAAUUAAUAAAAUGUUACAAUAAAAUGAAGAAAAAAAAUUUUUAUAGUUCAAUGGAUACUAAUACAUAUAGUGACCUAUCGAAAAGUGAAAAAUUAUAUAAAAGUGAUUAUAUUUUAGAAAAAAAAGACAAUAAAUUUACAGAAUUACGAAAAAAACAUGGUUAUGAAGAAAAAAGAAUUGAUAAUGUUACAAAAUUGAAAUACAAUAUGACUAAAAAAGAAAAUUGCAUCAAUAAUAAGUUAAAAAAAGUUGAAGGAAAAGAAAAAGUAAGUAAAAAGAUUAAAAAUGCAACUUUAAAAAAAAAUAUAUCUACUGAAAGUAAUUCAAUUGAAAAAAAGACUGAUAAAAAGAAAACUCUUCGAAGUUGUUCUCUUAAAAUGAACAAAAGUAAUAUCAUCUGUGAAAAUAUAAGUGCAAAUAAUAAAAAUGAGAAUAUAAAAAAUUUAAGUAUAAAUUCAAUUAAAUCAGUAAAAAAUAGUUAUAAAUGUAAGGAAGAAAUCAGUUAUAAAAAGUGUUUCGUAAAUACUGAGGAUUCUAAAUAUAUUUUACAUCCAUCAAAACUAAAACAACCAAAUUCAGAUAUAAAUAAAAAUAUUACAAAAGAAGAAAAAGGAAAUAAUGAAGUUAAAAAACGUGAAAUUUGCAUUACACCAAUACAAAAAGGAAAUUCUAAUAUUGAUGAAUUUUUAGUUCAAUUUCAAGAACAAACAAAAGAACCUUAUGAAUUCAUAAAUUCCAUGGUAAAAAGGAAUACGAAAAAAAUAAUAAAAAAAGUAAAAAACAAAAAAAAGAUAAACCAAAAAACUAUAGAAAAAAUUAUUUUAGGCAAUGGUUCUACAUCCAUAAAAAAUAAUGAAAAAAAGAAAAAAAAAAGAAAAGUAAUUUUACAAAAAAAAAUAAAUGAAUUAAAUGUUUAUUUAAAAGACAAAAAUAAAGUAAGUUCUUCAGGUAAAAAAACCUCUAGUUUAUCAAAUAAAUGUGUAAAGGAUAGUUUAAAUACAAAUAAUUCAUUAUUAAAAGAAAAACAAGAAUACUCAGUAGAUGAAUAUAAUAAUAGUAGUAAUAAUAAUUUAUCAAAAAUAGAAGAAAUUAUAUUAAAUAAAAAAUGUAAUAAAGGAAUUAUUUGCUUAAAAAAUGAAAAAAAAGAAGAUUCUUUAAAUGAAAAUAAAGUAUUAAAUAUACCUGAAAUUUCCUUUUUUUAUAAAGAAUUUAAAACAAUGAAUAACAUUUUAAAUAACAUUAAUGAUUGUAAUUUUUUAAGUUCAAUUAAGUUAAAUGAUUUAAUAUCUAUUGAAAAAAACUUUAUCAAUAAUAACAUUUAUAUUAAUAAACAAAUAAUUACUUCAAAUACAAAAAAUAAUAAAUUGAAGGAAAAUAAAGAAGAUAACAUUUUGUAUGAUAAUAAUUUUAGUAUAACUUAUUUAAAACAUGAUAUAAUAUAUUUAAAAAAAAAUAGUUUAAAAAUAAUUUUAAAUGCAUUAAUAAAUAAUAUUUCUUCAUUUUAUGAAAUUAAAGUGGCAAUCAUAUUAUUAAAAUUUUUUAUUUCUAUUGAAGAUAAUCUUAAAGCUUUUCAAAGUUUAUAUCCGCUUUCAUUAAUUAAUAUGUUAAUACAAAAGUUCAGUUUAAAAGUUCACAAAAAAAUUAAAAAAAAAGAUGAUAUUAGUAACACUAACUUACAAAAUAGCACAAAAAAAUUACCUUUUCAUUAUCUUUUUAUAUGUGAUGGUAGGAAUUAUUUAUGUAUAAAUGAUGAUUCUUUAAAAAAUAAAACUUAUAGAAGCAAAAUUAAAUUAAACAAUUUAAUAGGUUACUAUCAUUAUGUCAAUUUAAACAGAUUAACUUACUACCUUGAAAAAACGAAUGAUAAUAUAACAAUACAGUAA